GUUAAACAACACUUUGAUAUGCAUACACCCAGACAAAGUACAUCAUCACUUUCUCUCAUCAAACGAAUGAUAACGACGACCUAAUCACAAUAACCACAACAUAAGCCACAAUGCCACGUGAGCUGAUCACCGUUCAGGCUGGUCAAUGUGGUAACCAGGUAGGAAGUCAAUUCUGGGAACACCUUUGCAAAGAUCAUGGAAUUGCAAGGGAUGGUACAUUGGAGGAUUAUGCAACAGAAGGCUUGGCAAAUGAUAGAAAAGAUGUAUUCUUCUACCAGGCUGAUGAUGAUCAUUAUUGCCCUAGAACAAUUCUAGUCGACACAGAACCACGAGUAAUUCAAAAUAUCAUGUCUGGACCAUACAAGAAUUUGUACAAUCCCGAAAAUGUUUACUCGAGCAAAACGGGAGGAGGAGCUGGUAAUAAUUGGGCACAAGGCUACGCAGAGGGUGAACGGAGGUGUGAUGAAAUAUUGGAUAUGAUCGAACGAGAAGCAGAUGGAAGUGACAGUCUAGAGGGCUUCUUUUUGCUGCAUUCGAUUGCUGGUGGUACAGGUUCUGGGUUGGGUUCUUUUCUGCUUGAACGGCUUUCCGAUGCAUACCCUAAGAAGCUGAUUCAGACAUACAGUGUAUUCCCAAAUUCAGAAGAAACGUCAGAUGUCGUCGUACAACCGUAUAACUCCGUUUUGGCAAUGAAGAGAUUGGUCGACAAUGCUGAUAGUGUAGUCGUUUUGGAUAACGCAGCAUUGGCAAGGAUUGCAUCAGACAGACUUCAUAUCCAAGAUCCAAGCUACAGUCAAACCAAUCAAUUGGUCAGCACCGUAAUGGGCGCUUCCACACAGACAUUACGAUACCCAGGCUAUAUGAAUAACGAUCUUGUCGGAAUGAUUGCUUCGCUGAUACCCACGCCUCGGGCUCAUUUCCUCAUGACAUCGUACACACCCUUCACAUCCGAUACAAUUGAUCGUGGAAAAGGAACAACAAAGACGUCUGUGUUGGACGUGAUGCGCCGUUUGCUACAGCCGAAGAACAGAAUGGUCUCUACACAAGGGGCUUCUAAAUCGUCAUGCUACAUUUCCAUUCUGGACAUCAUUCAAGGUGACUCAAUCGAUCCGCGUGAUGUGCACAAAUCGCUAUUGCGUAUUCGUGAACGACAUUUGGCAAACUUUAUUCCUUGGGGUCCAGCAAGCAUUCAAGUCGCUUUAACAAAGAGAAGUCCAUACAUGCCUGCCAGUCACAGGGUGAAUGGGUUGAUGUUGGCAAACCACACAGGUAUCGGUGCAAUCUUCAAGAGAACCGUUGAUCAGUACGACAAACUGCGAAAGAGAAAUGCAUUCUUGGAAGCAUAUCGCAAGGAGAGUGUGAUUGGGAAUGAUUUGAUGGAAUUCGAUGAAGCUCGGGAAACUGUUGCUGAACUCAUGGCAGAAUACAAAGCUGCAGAGGGUCCGGACUACAUCUCGGGAAAGUCUAUCGACGAUGCUGAUUGAGUCUCGUCAAAUUUGUACAUAAGUUGUGAUCUUGUAUAUUAAUACAUGCUUGCGAGC